AUGAUCCAAAAACUCAAACACAAACUCGAUCAAAAGAAGAUUGUGUCAGUUCGAAGUUUGGCUAAACAAUACGGCAUUUCAAAAUCGAGUGCACAUCGAAUAUUGAAGGAAGACCUGGAACUGCACGUCUAUAAAAAGAAAAUCGAACCAAGACUCACCGACGAACACAAACACAAACGAAAACAAUUCGGCAACUGGGUUGGUCAUAAUUUUCGAAAAGAAGAUACGAUGCGUAUUUUAUUUUCAGGUGAAAAGAUGUUCGAUGUUGACGGUAUUUACAAUACCCAAAACGAAUGCAUUUGGACAGGCAGUCGUGCUGAAGCAAAUGAUAGAGGUGGCAUCAAAAUGAAACAGAAAUUUCCUCAAAAGGUCAUGCUCUGGCUUGGUGUUUGCUCCAAAGGAAUGACAUCCUUGGCUAUUUUCGAUCAAGGAACGGUAGAUCAUACUGAGUAUAUUCAGAAUAUUCUCCCAGUAGCACUAAAGUACGGAAAUAACACCUUUGGAGACCAUUGGACAUUUCAACAAGACAGUGCGAAAGCUCACAUCCAUCACCUAAUACAAAAAUGA